CAUAUUGCGUCACACGCAUGUAUUGGUUGCUAGCCGCAGGCGUGGCGAUAAACUCAGUCAGCGCAGGCAUUUGGAGCAAAAGGCAAUUCGGUGCACUCGGGACUCCAGUACAUUUAAGCCGGCAUAAUCAUUCACCGAAACAAAUCGUGUGCAGGUAUUGUCUGGAGCGAGUGCAGUUGGCUUCCUGGCCAAACUUCGGGCGCCCAUGCAGCGAACUGCGCGCAAAUCGCAACGAGCCAGCUUUACGCUCACCGGCUCGCUCCAAACACAUCAUCAUUCAUUGAGUACCAUAGUUGUCUUGCCACUACCCUUGAAAAGCUGCGCUUAGACCUAUGGAACACGAAAUGGCGCGACCCUGACUUGAGACCCCACAAACCUCGCGUAUUUUGACCCAGAGCCACUUGUAACUACUUUAUAUUUGAAGUUUGUAUAGUUCCAUCACUGCGGAAGGUAGAAUGGACCGUAGCAGGCGUCAGCCAGUUCAGAGCAGCGCAGCUGUGAAGGCCAAGGGCGCGCUUGAGCAGCUGCGUGCGGCCCGCGACGGUGGCCUCAAGCGUGCACUUGCGUAUGAGGUCAAGGAGGAGGCAGCUGUCUAUGAUGUGGUCGACGAGCAGCAAUAUGCUGAAAUUGUGAAGAAGCGCCGCGACGCCGGGGAUUUCGUUGUGGAUGACGAUGGGGCUGGUUACCAUGACAUCGGCGAGGAUGACUACUUCCAGGAGCGCCCCGUCGAGGACGACGGCGGCGACGAUGGGGAGGACGACACUAAGCAGGCGGGCAAGAAGCGCAAGAAGGAGCAAGGCAAGGGCGGCAAGCGCGGCAAGGACGGCGAGGAGGGCGGCAACAUCGGCAGCAUGUUCCGCAAGGCCGCGGCCACCCGCACGAUCCCUGGCCUGGGCGGCCGCGGCGCUGCCGGCGGCGCGGGCCCCAAGCCUACCGACGCCGCAGCAGACGAGAUGCUAGACAACAUCCUCGGCGACAUCCUUGCCGACGCAGGCGUCCCCGGCGCCGUCAAGCCGGCGGCGGCGCCCGCCUACGCGGCGCCCGCGCCCGUCGCCCGGCCCAUGGUGCCGGCGGCGGCGGCGGCCAUGCGCGCGGUCGGCGCGGUGGCGCCGAUGGCGGUGCCGCGCCCGUACGGCGGCGGCAUGCCGGCGCGCCCCGUCAGCGGCUUGGCCGCCGUGGCGGCGCUGACGGCCUCGGGCCGCGGCGGCGCCGCCGGCGCCGCUGGCGGCGCCGCCGCCGCCGUCACGUCGUCGGCGGCGGUGAAGCGGGAGCCCCUGGCAGAGGCCGCCCCCGCGAUGGCGAUGGCCGACGGCGCCGAUGACGACGUGCCCAUGCACGACGCUGACGGCGCCGCCGAGGGCAUGGAGGUUGGCGGCGACGGCGCCGCCGCCGCCGCCAAGCAGGCGGAGGAGCCGGACGACAUCAAGCUGAACCCGCCGCCGUCCGCCGCCGCUGGCGGCGCCGCUGCCGCCGCUGUUGCCGGCAAGCCGGCGGGCCGCAACUUCAUGGACGCGCCUGCGACGCCUCUGGAUGGCGCGACGGUUCAACGGGCCGAGGAUGUGUGGGAUGAGAUGUACGGCGCCGGCGGCGAGGAUGCGGCGGCGGCGCCAGCGGAGGCGCCAUCUCCGGCGCCGGCGGCCGCCACGCCCGGCGGCGGCGAUGCGGCUUCGGGCGCGGCGCCGCUGCCCGUGGACAGCAAUGGCGUGCUGCCGUUCUAUCUGCUUGAUGCAUACGAGAACCCGGACGCGCGUCCCGGCGAGGUGGUGCUGUUUGGCAAGAUCGAGGCGGAGGGCGGCCGCUGGCAGAGCUGCGCCGUGGCGGUGCGCGGGCUGCAGCGCACACUGAUUGUGGUGCCGCGGCGGGAGGUGUUUGAGGACGGCGACGGCGCGAUCGUGGCCAUGCACGCCGCCGUCAAGGCCGACCCCGCCCGCAAGCCCGAGCUGAUGAAGAUGCUGCAGGAGCGCUGCGGGCCGCUGCGCGACGAGGUGCGCUCGCUGCUGACCAAGGCCGGCGUGAGCGCCAUGCGGAUGGUGCCGGUGCGGCGCAGCUACGCCUUUGAGAACAGGGACGUGCCGCACGGAGAGCAGUGGGUCAUCAAGGUGCGCUACCCCGGCCACCUGCCAGUGCUUCAGCCGCCCGCCUCGGGCUGCUUCAGCGGCAAGACCUACUGCGCCAUCUUCGGAGCCAACCAGAGCACCCUGGAGUCGCUGUCUCUGAAGCGGCGCAUCAAGGGCCCGGGCUGGAUGGGCAUCUGCAGCCCCACCCGCGUGGAGUACGGCAACCAGACCACCUGGUGCAAGGUGGAGGUGGCGGUGGAGGGCGGCAAGAGGCUGCUGACGGCGGACAAGGGCCUGGCGCCGGACGCCGCGGGCCGCGCGCCGCCGCCGCUGACGGUGGCCUCGCUGUGCCUCAAGACCUCCAUCCACCCCACCAGCCACCAGCACGAGAUCGUGGCUGCCAGUGUGGUGCACCUGUCGGGCGUGUCGCCCGACGCGCCCCUGGCUGCCAAGGACUGGAGCAACCCGCAACGCCUGCGCAGCUUCUCCAUAGUGCGACGGCUGGAUGGACAGGCCUGGCCCGCGGGCAUGGAGGCGGCCGCCGCCGCCGAGAACGCCACGCCGCGCGGCCGCGCCAACAGCGGCGCCGGCAACGCCAACGGGCCGCUGGUGGCGCUGCAGGGCUCGGAGCGCUCGCUGCUCACAUGCCUGCUGGCCAGGCUGCAGUCGCUGGACGCGGACGUGCUGGUGGGACACAACGUGGCGGCCUUUGACCUCACCACCCUGCUGUCGCGCAUGCAGCACCACAAGGUGCCGCUGUGGAGCCGCAUCGGCCGCGUGAAGAAGACGGAGUUCCCGCGCCUCACCGGGGGCGGCCACACCUUUGGCGGCGGCGCGGGUGCCGGCGUCAUGGCCACUGUGGCGGGCCGGCUGAUGUGCGACACCUACCUGUCGGCUCGUGAGCUGGUCAAGAGCGUGGACUUCACACUGGGAACGCUGGCGCAGUCGCUGCUGGGUCAGCAGCGCUCCGACCCGCUGGCCGGCUCCAACGCGGGCAACAACAGCGGGCUGGGCGCGUGCUUUGGCAGUGCGGAGGGCGUGCUGCGCCUGCUGCGCCACGGCGAGAGCGACGCAUGGCUGGCGCUGGGCAUCAUGUUCCACCUGAGCGUGCUGCCGCUCACCAAGCAGCUGUCUGCGCUGUCGGGCCAGCUGUGGAGCCGCACGCUGGCGGGGCAGCGCGCCGGCCGCAUCGAGAUGCUGCUGCUGCACGAGUUCCACAGCCGCAAGUUCAUCGUGCCGGACAAGCAGAGCUACAAGGACAAGCAGCGGCGCGCGGCGGCGGAGGCGGAGGACGACUUUGAGGCGGGCGGCGGCGACGACGAGGAAGGCGAGGGCGGCAAGGGCAAGAAGGCCAAGUCCAAGGCCGCCCCCUCCGGCAACGGCCCCAAGUACGCGGGCGGUCUGGUGCUCGAGCCCAAGAAGGGGCUGUACGACAAGAUUGUCAUCAUCCUGGACUUCAACUCCCUGUACCCCUCCAUCAUCCAGGAGUACAACAUCUGCUUCACCACGGUGCAGCGGCCCGACGACGGCGCGCUGCCGCCGCUGCCCGACCCCGCCUCCGCCGCCAACGGACUGGCGCCGCUGCCGGCGGUGCUGCAGGCGCUGGUCAACAGGCGCCGGCAGGUCAAGUCGGCCAUGGCCAAUGAGCGCAACCCCGUCACUCGCCAGCAGCUGCAGGUCCGUCAGCAGGCCAUCAAGCUGACCGCCAACUCCAUGUACGGCUGCCUGGGCUUUGGCGCAUCGCGCUUCUACGCACAGCCGCUGGCCGAGCUCAUCACCGCGCAGGGCCGCUCCAUCCUGAGCAGCACGGUGGACCUGGUGCAGGGCGCCAUCGGGGCUGAGGUCAUCUACGGCGACACGGACUCCAUCAUGGUGGCCACCCGCUCCGACUCGGUGGAGGAGGCGCGGGCGCUGGGCGCCCGCAUCAAGCGCGAGGUCAACAAGCGCUACAAGCUGCUGGAGAUCGAGCUGGACGGCGUGUUUAAAUCCAUCUUGCUGCUCAAGAAGAAAAAGUACGCGGCCGUGAAGCUGGAGCCGGACGGCCAGGGCAGGCUGGCGGAGGUGAUGGAGCAGAAGGGCCUGGACAUUGUGCGGCGCGACUGGUGCCCGCUGUCCAAGGACGUCGGCAACUUCGCGCUGGCAGCCGUGCUGAGCGGCCGCGGGCGGGAGGAGGUGGUGGGCGAGAUCCACGCACACCUGCGCCAGGUGGCGGAGCGGGUGCGCGCAGGACAGAUCCCCAUGGGCAAGUUCAUCAUCACCAAGCAGCUCACCAAGCGGCCCGAGGACUACCCAGACGCCAAGAACCAGCCGCACGUGCAGGUGGCCAUGAGGCGGCGGGCGGCGGGCAAGCGCGACGGCGUGCUGCCUGGCGAGACGGUGCCCUACAUCAUAUGCGUGGAGCGCGACCCCGCAGCAGCAGCCGCGGCGGCAGUAGCCGCAGCUGACGGCUCCGGCGCUACUGCCACUGCUAUUGCCGCUGCUGCUGCUACUGCCGCCGCCUGCUCGGGCGGUCUGGCGGACCGGGCGCGCCACCCCGAGGAGCUGCGGGACCAGUCGCAGCUGGCGGUGGACGUGGAGUACUACCUGGCGCAGCAGAUCCACCCUGUGGUGUCGCGCCUAGUUAGCCCUAUCGAGGGCACCGACGCCGCCCACAUCGCCGACUGCCUGGGUCUGGACCCCGCCCGGUACCGCGGCGCGGCGGGCGGCGGCGGCGGCGGCGGUCUGGGCGGCGGCGAGGACGAUGACGCGGCGCUGCUGAUGGGCUCCAGCGGCGGCACCCUCAUGGACGAGGACGAGAACUUCAGGUCGUGUGGCCCGCUGCUGCUGACCAGCCCCUCCGGCGCCUGCUUCCCGCUGCGGGGUGUGGACGACGUGCUCAAGGAAGCAAUCAUGCCAGAGCAGCUGCUGACGCCGCCGGACGCGCUGGGCGACCCCACCGCCACUGUCAGCCCUGCGGCACUCAUCAACCAGGUGCUGCUGCGCGCGCGGGAGGCGGUGGCGCGCUACUACGACGGCGUGCUCCGACCCGACGACGAGACGGCGGACGCGGGGCCAGGCGGCUGCCGCGCUGCAGUGCUGCGGCCGGCGGCGGCGGGGCCGGGCGGAGCGGGCGAGGAGGCGGGCGGCGGCGCGGGCCCGGAGCGCUGCGGGCACCCCGACCCCUCACGGGCGGGUGUGCUGCUGCGGCGAGCCAUGAACGAGCGCGACCUGUACCUGCAGCUGUCGCACUACUACCGGCUACUGCACGUGGAGGGCGCGGCGCGGCGCCACCACUGCCGCCUGCGCGCCGCCGACCCCAAGAGCGGCGUCAGCCUAGACGACGUGCGGGCCAAGGUCCCGGAGUCGCUGGCGCGCACGCUGGGCGCCGCCGCCGAGGCGCUGGACGGCCUGCGCCGCCGCAGCCAUUGGCACUGGGUGGACCUGGGGAAGCUGUUUGGAAGCCUGGCGGCGCCGGCGGCGGCGGCGGCGGCUGGCGGCGCGGCGGCGGGAGGCAAAGGCUCGCGGCAGGGGACGGCGGGUGUGGGUGCGGGUAUGGGUAUGGGUGGCGGCGUGGGUGCGGUGAACUUGGGGGCGGUGCGCGGCGUGGUGGUGUGAGCGCGAGAGUGGUUGGGGUGCAGUGAUGAUGGUGCUGUGGUGGAUGGGUGGUGGUGGUGGCGCUUGGUUUGGGUUGGUUGGGGGCGGGGAGGUUGCGGGUAGCCUGCAGGUACCGAACAUGUGAUGUGAGGGUGCUUAAAGGAUUGUGCGGCUGGCAAGCAAGGCUGUCGAGGGCGCGAGUAAGGGUUUGGAGGUAGUGGUGCAGGGAGGUGUUGUUUCGCGUGUGUGUGGAAACCAAAAGACACUGGCAGGAAGGCAUGGCGGGGCGUUACCUGGGCUGGGGACCUGCGUGGCCAACCCACGCGGCGUGAUGGCCAAAUGCCAGCAGUAGCCGAAUUCACUCGUCCCCAGCUUGGGACCAGGCCCAUCUGGCCUAUUGGAGCUGCCGGCUGGACUGUUAAUACAGCUUCAACGAGUUUCACUCCCCCAAUAAAAUU